CGCUAGUCAACUCCCUUGUUCCUCCUGCUCCGAACCUGCUCAGAACUCUUAGCUAAAUGCCAACAGAAGGACCGUCAACCGAGCCCCAUAAUGCCCGUUCGAGCGAGACAACAGGAUCCACCUCCAGCGCACAUCCUCUGCAAGCGACUUCCUCUCCUGGCAAACGUCCUCGCGUCGAAGAAGAUGAGGAGGACAAAGCGGAUUUGGUCGGGACGAUGCUCAAUAUAUAUUUCGACCAAUGUUCCGACACCGAACGUCGAGACUUCAAGCGUCGUGUGUACGAAGUCGAGCGUAACAAGGCCAUACAAGCCUUCGUCCCAUCUUCCCUAGUUCUGACGCGCCCUCUCGUUUGUUUUGACUUCGAGACCACGGAUCUCUUGCCCCAUGGACGGAUACUUUCUAUGUCAUUCAUCAAGGUUCACCCUCGCUCUGGCGGCGCGUCCUCCAAUAAAGUGGAGGUAUUCAUGAUGGGGAACCUUCGACCCACCGAUGGCAGCGUCUAUGUCAACCCAGGCGUACCAUCUCACCCGGCAGCUUUGAAGGUCCAUCGAAUCAAGGACUCUGACCUAUCCUCCCUUCCACCAUUCUCUGCCCACGCUCAAUCAUUAUUGGCGUUCUUGAAAGGAUGCGACCUCCUUGGCCAUAACAUCAAGGUCUUCGAUGUCGAACUCCUCGUCAAAGAGUUCAAGCUCUGUAACAUCGACUGGUCUCCCGACACUGCCGGCGUGAAUCUGCUGGACACCAAGCAGCUUUAUUCACAAUUCGAUUCGGGCGGGAACCUCGAAUCUGCGUAUAGGAAAUACGUAGGCGACGAGAUGCAGGGAGCACACAACGCGGAGGCGGAUACGAUUGCUACUUUGAGGGUUUUAUGUGGGAUGGUAACGAAGUCGGCCAAGAUUCGGGAUGCUGUGGAGCAUAUUUUACGACCAACGACCGCCGUAGCUGGACCGAGGCCUAGUUCGAGCUCCACGACGAGUAAUGUUCGACCUAGUCCAGCGGGAGUCCGACGUUUAGUGGCCACUAUGUCCUCUCCCGCUGUGACAAAAUGA